GGGCGAGCGCGGGUUUGGCGGGCUCUCGCAGUCGGGGCGCCUGGGCUUCGGCAUGGCGGCAGGGGAGGAGGCCCUGGAGGGGCUGGACGGAGCGACGCUGGAGGAGCUGAUGGAAAGAAGCUUCGUGGAGGAGCCGCCGGCGGAAAGGCUUCCAAAGAAAAUGAUUGGCUUCCCGGAUACUGUACUCAGCAGAGGUUUGAACAACAGAUACUGUGUUGUACACAUCCAGGAUAACGAAGGGCUUGAGAAACGUCUGACAAUCGUUUCUUCUCUGCUUGACGAUUCAGACAGAGAGUUGUGCAUCCUUCAGGAUGACUGGAUUUCUGUUCCAGUUCAGCCUGGAGAUAUCAUUCACUUAGAAGGAGAGUGCAAUUCUGGUAUCUGGAUAAUAAAUGCAGAUUCAGGAUACUUAAUUCUGUAUCCAGAUGUGCUACUUUCUGGCACCACUGUGUCAAAGAGCAUUCAGUGCAUGAGGAGAGCUGUACUGAGUGAAAAGUUCCGGAGGUGUGAGCGUAGUUCACGUGCAAUGCUGAUAGGCACAAUUCUACAUGAAAUUUUCCAGCAAGCAGGAACAAAUUUUACUUGGGAGAAACUGAAAGAAAUUGCUUUCUCAGCUGUUCAUGGACCAAAGUAUCUAAAAGAACUGUACCAGUUAAAUCUGGAGCAAAAUGAUAUAAUGCGUGAGAUUGAUGAAUACUUACCAUCUUUUAUUAAAUGGGCAGAAGUCUAUACAUACAAACACAGCCAAAAUGCCAUGCAGUUAAAACCGCUAAGAGAUAAGUCCUGUUAUACCAUCAAAGUUACAGAAAUCCUGGAUGUUGAAGAGAAUAUCUGGUGUCCCAGGGUUGGCUUGAAGGGCAAGAUUGAUGUUACAGCUGGAGUAACCAUUCAUGAAAGAUCUAAAACUCAGACCAGAAUAAUGCCGCUGGAGCUUAAAAGUGGAAAGGAGUCUAACUCUGUUGAGCAUAGGAGUCAGGUAGUUUUGUAUUCCUUACUGUGUCAAGCAAGGCGAGUUGAUCCCGAAGGUGGAUUUCUCUUGUAUUUGAAAACUGGCAAUAUGAUUCCUGUAGCAGGAAGUCGUAUGGAUAGGAGAGAACUGAUUAAACUAAGAAAUCAGUUGGCCUUCUAUUUAAUUCACGACACGUGUAAAUCUGCUACAGGAAACAAGACCCAGCUUGCCUCUCUACCCACUUUGAUUAAUGAUAGUCAAACAUGUAGCUAUUGCUCUCAGAAGCAGAACUGUAUGCUUUAUAGUAGGGCUGUAGAACAACAGAAAGAUGUCUUAAUUCCUCUGGAUAUGGUGGCUGCUGCUGAAAAAGAGACCCGGCAUUUGAAGCCUUCUCACUUGGAAUAUUUCCAUCUCUGGUAUCUAAUGCUAACUUUGGAGUCACAGUAUAAAGAUGGGAAAAAAGGGUGUAAAAAUAUAUGGAUGAUGUCUGCUGCAGAAAGAGAAAAACAUGGGGACUGCACUGGAAAUAUGAUCAGAAUGGGAAAGGUGAUAAAAGUUGCAGAUGGACAGUAUCUACACUGCUUCCAGCGUAGAGAUGAUUGUGCGCCAAUUGCAACCUUGAUGGCUGGGGACAGAGUUGUUCUAAGUGGCGAAGACAGCAGUUUGCUUGGCUUAUCUACCGGCUAUAUUCAGGAGGUCAACAGAACCAAAAUUUCCUGCUUGUUGGAUAGGAACUUAUCUCAUCUCCCUGGGGAUACGGUAUAUAGAUUAGAUCAUGAGGAAGGAGCACUUGGCACAGAUGCCCCCUUAGCAAAUCUUUCUAAAUUAAUGGAAAAUACUCCUGCCAGCGAAAAGCUUCGUAACUUAAUAAUAGACUUCUACAAGCCACAGUUCGUUCAAUACUUGAGUUCUGUCCUUCCUCCAGAAGCGAAGGAGACUGUUGCAAACAUUCUGAAAGGCUUGAAUAAACCCCAGAAACAAGCAAUGAAACAAGUUCUUCUUUCAAAGGAUUACACCCUUAUUGUUGGUAUGCCUGGAACAGGAAAGACGACGACGAUAUGUGCUUUGGUCCGGAUCCUUUAUGCUUGUGGCUUCAGCGUUCUCUUAACUAGUUUUACCCACACGGCGGUUGACAAUAUCCUUCUAAAGUUAGCAAAGUUCAGAGUAGGAUUUUUGCGGCUGGGAAGAGCUCAGAAGGUUCAUCCAGACAUAAAGAGGUUUACAGAAGAAGAGAUCUGCCGAUCAAAGUGUAUUAAAACUGUGGCUCACUUGGAGGAGCUGUACCAAAGUCAACCAGUCAUUGCAACAACAUGCAUGGGAAUAAACCAUCCGAUCUUCACUCGUAAAUGUUUUGACUUCUGCAUAGUGGAUGAGGCUUCUCAGAUUAGCCAGCCCAUCUGCCUUGGCCCACUUUUCUAUUCACUUCGGUUUGUGCUGGUGGGAGACCAUCAGCAGUUGCCUCCACUUGUGCAAAAUCCAGAAGCAAGAGAACUUGGCAUGAGUGAAAGUUUGUUCAAAAGACUGGAACAAAACAAGAACGCUGUUGUGCAUCUGACUGUCCAGUACCGAAUGAACAGUAAAAUUAUGUCAUUGAGUAACAAGCUGGUGUAUGACGGUAAACUGGAAUGUGGCUCUGAAAAGGUGUCCAAAGCUGUAAUUGAUUUGCCAAACUUAAAAAAACUGAAAUUGGAAGAGUAUUCUUCAGAAACGUGGCUAAAAGAAACACUUGAUCCAAAUAAUCCUGUUUGUUUCCUUAAUACAGAAAAGGUUGCAGCCCCAGAACAGACGGAAAAAGGUGGUAUAAGUAACAUGACUGAAGCCAGAUUGGUAUUCUUCCUCACGUCCAUGUUUUUAAAGGCUGGUUGUAAACCAUCAGAUAUUGGAGUCAUAUCUCCAUAUAGACAUCAGUUGAAGAUAAUUACUGACUUGAUGGCAAGCUCGUACAUCAACGAUGUAGAAGUAAAUACAGUGGACAGAUACCAGGGGAGAGAUAAGAGUGUAAUUAUAGUGUCCUUUGCAAGAAACAACGUGCAUGGGAAUGUUGGAGAACUUCUGAAGGAUUGGAGACGUCUUAAUGUUGCCAUUACAAGAGCCAAACAUAAGUUAGUUAUGCUGGGCUGUGUGCCAUCCCUGUGUCUCUAUCCUCCUCUAAAGAAAUUACUUCAUCAUUUGAAGACUGAAGCCAUGAUAUCCUUUCUUUUUCAUUUACAUAUAUUCCGUUUUUGGCCAAACUGCUUAGAUUAAGACUUUUCAGACCUCCUAAAUGAAGAUGAAAAGAUUUAAAAUGUUAUUAAACUUAAAUCUGUUUAAGGUAAUCCAAGCAUUAUACUGUAGCCAAACUAGUCUAAGAAGGACAAGGUUGCUUCUUUAUCACUUUCAUUUAAAGAAAAUGAAACCAGAUUUUGAAAUUUUCUUUGCAGCUCUGAAUUAGGGGUGAACAUCCAAUGGAAAAAUAAUUUAGCUCCAAGCUUGGAGCACGAUAGUCCUGCUUGGUAUCUUCGCUCAGAACAUUUGAAGUGAGUUGCGUUCUGGUGGGACAAAAUUUGAAAUAUUUUAAGUAUUUAGCCAUAAGGAACAAUGGGACUCAGCCCUUGGAAAGUAUGGGAAUUUUAUCCCUUGAUCCCUUAUAUUUUUUGUCUCAGAACCUCAAAAGUAGGGGAAGUGGUUGUCUGUUUUGAAUGUUGUCUGCUAUCCCCCUACAUAAACAUUAGCUAAAUGGAUAAUGUUUUCCUAAAAUCACCUCUCUGGAGCUGCUGGUGUUUUGGGAAGUGAGGGGAAGGUUAGCCAUUAGUCUAAUGGGAAGAAGUUGAUCUUGAUGAAGACCAGAUGCUCCACCAAAUCAUUGUCCAAAUGUAAGCAGUAGGGUGCUGUCACAUAACUUGCCCUGGAUCACACUAUUCUUAGGACACUACUGUAGUUGGUGAGUGUAUGGCACAUGCUGGGAAAUUAUUGUUGGGCCAAGUCAUCCACCUAAUACAGAAAUGGAAUCAUUGGUUUGCCUUCCUUGGCUUGCUAGGAUAGUGCGAAAUGCCUGUGGAAGGAGCUGAGGAUGCUCCAUUAUUAACCAGAAAACCUCCAGUAUUACUUAAUACAAGAGAUGGGAUGAGGUGCUACACAGGGAACAGACUUACCAAUGAUGUCAGUUUCUAAGUUGGUCUUAGAUACAGCACCAUUUUGGACCGUUGCUUCA